AUGAACGGAACGGAACUACGAGAGACACUGGAGGAUCUGAUCAAAGAGGUGGUGCAAGCAUCGCGGGAAGCGUUGGAUACCCAGGGAGAGCUGAAUGAGCGCAAUGAAGCAGCCUUGCGCACGCUAGAGGCGCAGUGGAGGCAGCGCCUCAUCGAAGAGCUGCACGAACAAGGCUCCUUACGAGUGGUACUCUGCAGGACGGAUCUACUGGUACCGGGUUCUGGAGCAACUGGCACGACUACCACGAAUAGAACGGAUCCGCUUCGUUACGUGUAUGAAACUUUACGUCAAAGGGAUCCCCGUGAGCGUCGACGGAGCUUACCGCCCGAACGUUCAUCCCAGUCUUCAGAACUUGAGGAUACCGGUACAGACUCAGGGGAAGCGCUUUCCUCUGGUGACGAUGAUGACGAGAUAUCCCAAGUUGCCGGCCAGCCAGAACCGGAAACUGCGAAUUACGUGCUUUCUCAGUACGAACGGGUUUUGGCACCUUCUACAAACAAGCAACGAAUCUGGCGAGUCUUCCUUCGUGACGCUAUGGUACACAUCAAUGGCCAAGACCUUCUACUGAACCAACUUCAGUGUCAGUUCGACUGGUAG